AUGAAGUGCUACGGAGUCAUUCUGCUCACCAUUUUCCUGACUCUCUUCGGAAACAUCAAUGCAUGGGAGUUUGAAGAAGACGCACCUAACAAUGCUUCAUCAGGACGUACUUUAGGCGGAUAUUUGUUGCCACGCGAUAGUGAAUAUAAGAGCAAUUCUGCUGUUCUCAUUCUAUACUAUGCGAGUAAAACUGAUCGUGAUCCAAGUUUCACUUGCACGGGAAGCAUUAUUUCUAAGAAAUGGAUCAUCUCAACUGCUUUCUGUUUUGACAGUACGGAAAGGUCGAUUGACUGUUUCGAAGUUCUAAUCACUGAUGCCAAUGGAAAGGUGCACAAAAGAACUCUCGAAGUGGCUUAUGCAGCGCCAGGGUAUAAGAAAGAGAAGUUGAAAAACAACGUCGGACUUGCCAAGGUGAAUAAGCCGUACGAUCUUAGCACGGGCGCAUUGACCGCAAUCAAGGCGCCAAAGGAAUCCUGGGACAAAACCAAGUUUCUCGAUGACUUCUUGUCUGUCGCAGGCUACAGGGAUCCUUACACAAAGCACAGUUAUUUCGAUUACGAACCGACUGUUGUUGUCGUAUCGCCACGAGAUCCCGCCGUUUAUGAGCCUUGCGCAGCUUUUCCCAAGCGCAAAAAUGAAGUGUGCGGCGCUACUGCGGAUAAUGAGAAAUACGUGGUUUGCCAAGGUGAUCUCGGCGCUGCUCUGUAUUUGAUAAGUAAGAAAGGUGAAUUCUACCUGUACGCAUUGGCUUCGUACACGCUGACAGACAAAUGCGUGGGUCCAACUGCCUAUGUUGUGAUAAGCUACUUCAAUCAUUGGAUUAAAUCUAUCGUACAUGCUAAAGGGGAUAAAUUUUGA